GCUGCAAUAUAUAUGUCCAGUUCUAGUACAAAGCGAGGAGGAAGAAGACGACUUGGCCACAUCGUUCACACACUUCACUCACACGAGAGAGAGAGAGAGAGAGACAAAGCUCAGAGCUGCUUCCUCCCAAAAGCUUCUUCCAACAACAAUGGCGUCGUUCUCUCCUCCUCCCCGCUAAACCGCCGCCGGCGUCCCGACCCGACGUGCUUGUUGACUGCAUCUGCGACAAGGCGAGAAGAGAACGGGGGCCCAAGCCCACGCCUCGCCGAAUCGCGUCGGUGCUUUGGAUCGUGGCCAUGGACAUGGAGACGGAGAAGCAGCAGCAGCAGACGAGGUGCCCGCCUUGGCUCCAGGCGGCCAUUGCAGACAUCGAGCAGCGGGUGCGGGCGCUGGCGGUGAGCGUGCCGGAGGACGCGGCGGCGACGGCGACGGACCACUCCUUCGCCGAGCGCGCUGAGAACUACUACCACAAGCGGCCGCAGCUGCUGGCGCUGCUCACCGACCUCCACCACCGCUACCUCUACCUCGCCGACCGCUACUCCCAGUCUCUCCUCGCCGCCAACAAGCCCUUCCACGCUGCCGCCGCCUCCUCCGACUGCGGCUCCUCCGACGUCGACGACCGCUCCUCCGACGCCGGUAGCUCCCUCUCCUUCCAGCCUCCACCCACCACCAGCAGCAGUGUUCGUGAUGCCGUUGACGCUGAGCUGGUGGUGGCGGAGCUGGUGGCCGCUUGGAUUGAUCGGGAGAUUCUCGCCGACGAGGCGGAGCGGCGGAAGGCGGAGUCGGCGAGGAAGAUCGAGCUGCAGGGGAGCCUCGUGGAGGUGCUGGAGUCGGAGAGGCUGGUGCUGCUCGGCGAGAACGCGCGGGUCGGGUUCCGCGCGUCGGCGGCCGAGGAGGAGGCGGCGGCCGCGGCGGCCGAGCUGGGUUACAUGCGGCGGCGCGCGGCGGAGAUGGCGCGGCUGGUGGUGAAGCUCCGGGAGGACCACCGGGUGUGCAUGCUGGGUCGCAAGAUCGAGGCGCUGCAGUCGCAGGUGUACGGGCUGGAGCUGCGGAACCGGGAGUGCUACGAGGCCAUGGCGGCGUGGGAGGCGGAGAGGAAGGUGGGCCUCGCCGAGAUCGAGCGGCUGCGCGCGGACAACAAGCGGCUGGCCGCGGAGGCCGCCAUGGCCGCCGCGGCGAGGCGGAAGCGGAAGGGCGGGAACGGAAGCGGGUGGCUGUGGUGGGCGCGGGUGCGGAUGGCGGCGGAGUGGACGCCGUGCGCGCCGGCGGUGAGGAAGGUCGGUGAGCAGAUCAAGCACGGCGGCGGCCGGAAGGACGUCAAGUACAACGCCGGCGGCUGCUUCUGCCUCUAGUUUGGAUUUUGGCGGGAUGGUUUCUUUUUGGGUGGGUCAAUGUUCAUUUUACCCCUUGGAUUGUGAUGAUAUUGCGUGCAAGUAUCAAGGAGGGGAGUAGUAAUAGUAAUCAGGUUAUGGGAUUAUGCAGAGUGAGAGAGAGAGAGAGAGAGAGAGAGAAAUUAAUUAGCGAGAGGUUAAUUAGCUUGUAAAAUGGAUCAGUUGCAUGUUGGUGGUAAAACUAGUGUACUGAGACUCAAGUAUAUAAUAUUAUGACAUGUUCUAAGAAUCUAUAAA